AUGGCACGCGGCGCAACAUCAACCAAACUCGUUUAUCUGCACCAGGAUACAUUGCGAGAGUAUGCGACAAAGGUUGUAUCUGUCGAGCCCGUCACGAGUCUUCCAGAUGCCGACAAGGCUCUGCUGAAGAACGCAACCGAUGACGACCACGUGGUCAUUACCGAGGAGACCAUCUUCUACGUGCAGGGCGGAGGCCAGCCCACCGACACCGGCUCGAUGACUGCGGAAGACUCGAGCGACGAUUCUUUUGCAGUUGUGGCCGUGAGGAAGGCCUCCGAAGGCCGCGUGCUUCAUUUUGGGCGCUUCUCCGGCAAGGCUUUCACGCCAGGCCAGACUGUGAAGCAGUCCAUCGAUGCCGAGAAGCGCGACCUCCAUUCACGGAUCCAUGAUGCUGGGCACGUAGUUGGACUGGCUGUGCGCCAAGUCGAGGCAGAAACGCCCGAACUGAAGCUGGAGGAGUCAAAGGCGCAGCAUUACCCCGGGGCUGCCCAUGUUGAGUUCAUUGGGCCCAUCGACGGCAAAUAUAAGGAGGCCAUUCAAAAGAAGGUUGACGAAAUGCUAGAGAAAGACUUGCCCGUAAAGACGUUCUGGUGGACGGAGAAAGAGUGUAGAGAGAAGUGUGUUUACGUCGCGCCUGAGAUGACUGCGCCGGACGGAGAGUUGCUACGGGCGGUUGACAUCGUCGGCGCCGGAGCAUACCCUUGCGGUGGCGACAUGGCUCCUCACAAGAAACCCAACUUCCUGGUCGUCAUUGCCGACGAUCUCGGCUUUAGUGACACGGGACCUUAUGGAGGCGAGAUCCCAACUCCGACCCUCGAUCGGCUUGCUAAGGAAGGCAUCACAAUGACUGGCUUUCACACUGCAUCAGCGUGUUCGCCCACCCGCUCCAUGCUCAUGUCCGGCACAGACAAUCACAUAGCUGGACUUGGCCAAAUGGCCGAAUUCAUGCGCACAAGGCCGGAAUAUCAGGGUCAGCCCGGAUACGAAGGAUACCUCAAUUUUCGGGUAGCUGCUCUCCCUGAGAUCCUCCAGGAUAACGGUUAUCACACUAUUCUUUCCGGAAAGUGGCACCUUGGCUUGAAGAAAGAGCUGUCACCCCACGCCCGUGGUUUCGACAAGAGCUUCGUCUAUUUAGCUGGCGCUGGCAAUCACUACAACAACGAGCCUCAGCUGGGUGACCACCCUUUCCGCCCGGCCGCAGCGUGCGGAGACGGCUUGUGGAUGAGAGACGACAAGUUCCUGGACAGGAAGAAGGACAUACCCCGUGACUUCUACUCCACGCGCACCUUCUCCGACCAAAUGGUCAGUUUCCUCCAAGAGCGCACCGACGCAGAGAAGGAAAAGCCAUUCUUUGCGUACCUCGCCUACACAGCUCCCCACUGGCCUCUCCAAGCCCCGCAAGAGACAAUCAAGAAAUACCACGGCAAAUACGACGCCGGCCCCGACGCACUCCGCACCCAGCGCCUCGAACAGCUCAAAGCCCGCGGCCUCGUCCCGUCCGACGUCGAGCCCGCCCCCAUGAUCGGCCAAAUGCUCAAAGAAUGGAGCGAGAUGAGCGCCUCCGAGAAAGCCGACUCGGCGCGCCGCAUGGAGACGUACGCAGCCAUGGUCGACCUGCUCGACGCGCACCUCGCCACCGUCAUCCAGCACCUCGAGUCGACGGGCGAGCUCGACAACACGUUCGUGCUGUUCAUGUCCGACAACGGCGCCGAGGGCAAGCUGCUCGAGGCGCUGCCCGUCAUGGCCGGCGUGCCGCUCGUCGAGGUCGUCCGCAAGUUCUACGACAACUCGCUUGCUAACAUCGGUAAUGCGGACUCGUUUGUCUGGUACGGCCCGCGCUGGGCUUCGGCCGCUACGGCGCCGUCGCGUGGCUUCAAGGCUUGGACGACCGAGGGCGGUAUUCGUUGUCCUUGCGUUGUGCGGUACCCGCCGCUGACGGCUGCGGCUGGUGGUGGGGGUGGGGGUGCCAUCACGCACGAGUUUACUACCGUUAUGGACAUCUUGCCGACUGUUCUCGAUCUCGCGGGUAUCCCGCAUCCCGGUACUAGCUUCCGCGGACGUGAAGUCGUCACGCCGCGUGGCAAGUCGUGGGUGCCGUACCUCAAGGGUGAGGCCAAGGCGGUGCACCCGGAGGGCCAGGACGUCACCGGCUGGGAGCUGUUCGGGCAGCGCGCGAUCAGGAAGGGGAAGUGGAAGGCAGUCUUCAUUCCGGCGCCGCUGGGCAAGGAGGAGUGGGAGCUGUACAACAUCGAUGAAGAUCCGGGCGAGAAUCACGAUCUGGCGGAGCAAAUGCCGGAAGUCUUGGUGCAGUUGUUGGAGGAAUGGGAAAAGUACUACACCGAGACUGGCAUGUUCGAUCCCAAGACUUUACCACAGCCCUACAUUUAG